AUGUCGAUCUACAUUCCCGCCGAGUAUCAGGAAACCGGCGGUGCCAAGGAUUUCGCCGACUCGUUGAUCGACAUGGUGGAGAAAUUCGAGACCGAUCACCCGGAUAAAUUCGACGUGGUCAGCAGCAUCGAUGAGGUGCUGGCGGCCAAGGCAGCCGGCAAGGUCGCCCUGCCAUUGGGCAUCGAGAAUGGUGCCGCGGUCGAAGACGACCUGGCCAAUCUCGAGCAUUUCUUCAAUCGGGGUGUGCGUUACAUCACCCUGACCCACUCUAAGAACAACCAGAUCUGUGAUUCUUCGUAUGAGGAGCCGGACAAUCGGAAGUGGAACGGCCUAUCGCCCUUCGGCAAAGAGGUGGUGGCCGAAAUGAACCGGCUCGGCAUCAUGAUCGACAUCUCUCACGUUUCCGACGACGCUUUCUACCAGGUGAUGGAGCUGAGCCAAGCUCCGGCCAUCGCCUCCCAUUCCUCUUGCCGCCAUUUCACGCCGGGAUUCGAGCGCAAUAUGGACGAUGAGAUGAUCCGUAAGCUGGCGGAAAACGGCGGUGUCAUCCAAAUCAACUUCGGUAGUGAGGAGCUGAACGCCUACAUCGAGUCCUACCGCGAGCAGAAUCCUUUCCCCUACGCCACCCUGGACGACGUAGUCGCCCACAUUGAUCACGUGGUGAAGCUCGUGGGUAUCGACCAUGUCGGUCUCGGCUCCGACUACGACGGUGUCGGCGACUCCUUGCCCGAGGGGCUCAAGGACGUUUCCGAAUUCCCGAAUUUGAUCGAAGCGCUGUUGGUCAAAGGAUAUUCAGAUGAGGACAUCGAGAAGAUCCUGAGCGGCAACGUCAUUCGGGUUUGGAAGGCGGUUGAAGCGAAGGCCGCCGAGCUGCAGGCUCAGUCCUAA